AUGGGCAAGUUUUUGUCUAAAAUCUUUGGGAGCAAGGAGAUUCGCAUCCUGAUGCUCGGUCUAGACGCCUCCGGCAAGACGACAAUUCUGUACAAAUUAAAGUCUGGCCAACCAGUCACCACCAUCCCUACCGUCGGCUUCAAUGUAGAGACUGUAACGUAUAAAAACGUUCGCUUCAGCGUCUGGGAUGUAGGCGGACAGGAUAAAAUCAGGCCACUAUGGCGGCACUACUACACCGGCACACAGGGGCUCAUAUUUGUCGUCGACUCCACUGACCGGGAUCGCAUCGACGAAGCUCGGCACGAAUUGCACAAAAUUGUAAACGAUCGUGAAAUGCGGGACGUUAUAAUUUUAGUCUUUGCAAAUAAACAGGACCUCAAUGAUGCCAUGAAACCCACUGAAAUACAAGAUAAACUCGGUUUAACGAUGAACAACUUUCGGCAACGAAACUGGUACGUCCAGCCAGCAUGUGCUCUCUCCGGUGAUGGCCUCCACGAAGGGCUGACCUGGCUAAUGUCAAAUCACAAGUGA